GACGCUGGAGAGAGCAUGAGACAGAAGGUGCUGGAGAUGAUCCGGUUCCUUUUUAUUACCCUGUAUCGUCCCAACUAUUUUCCGCUCUCCUUGCUCCAAAACCCCUUAUUCAGGGUCACCGCUGUUAGGGUUAGGGUUAGGGUUUUGCCGCACAUUCUUUCUCUAGCAAUCUUCUUCUACCACUUUCCCCUCAUUCUCUCUCUUAGUCUCUUCAAUUGUAAGUUUUUUGCGCUAGGGUUUCCUCUGCUAUCUCUUGUACUCGAAGCUCGUUCCUUUUUCCGGAUCUCGAUCUAUGGAUAUCCGCAAGAGGGGAAGACCCGAACCCGGCUUCAGCUUAAAUGGUGGAUUCAAGAAAUCCAAGCAAGCACUGCUGGUUGCCCAUUCGGUGAGGGCUGCCACUUCCUGCACUAUGUUCCCGGUGGUUAUAAUGCAGUUGCCCAUAUGAUGAAUCUAACACCUGCAGCACCUCUUCCACCAACAAGAAAUGUUGCAGCUCUGCCUCAUGUACCUAAUGGGUCUGCACCAUCUGCCGUUAAGACCCGCAUAUGCAACAAGUUUAAUACUGCUGAAGGUUGCAAAUUUGGUGACAAAUGCCAUUUUGCUCAUGGUGAAUGGGAACUUGGCAAACACAUUGCUCCAUCAUUUGAUGAUCAUCGUGCCAUGGGACCCCCUGGAGCAGGUCGUCUUGCUGGUCGAAUGGAGCCUCCUGGUCCUGCCGCAAGUUUUGGUGCCAAUUCCACAGCGAAGAUCAGCGUAGAAGCUUCCCUGGCUGGAGCUAUCAUUGGGAAGGGUGGUGUGAACUCAAAACAGAUCUGCCGCCAAACUGGAGCCAAACUUUCAAUUCGAGAGCAUGAAUCUGACCCAAAUCUUAGAAACAUUGAACUUGAGGGAAGUUUUGAGCAAAUCAAGGAAGCAAGUAACAUGGUAAAGGAUUUACUUUUGACCCUGCAAAUGUCUGCACCACCUAAAACAACCCCGGGUGUUCCUGGCGCACCUGCCUCUCAUGGAAGCAAUUUUAAGACGAAGCUGUGUGAGAAUUUUGCAAAAGGGUCUUGCACGUUUGGAGAUAGAUGUCACUUUGCACAUGGAGCUUCUGAAUUGCGUAAAUCAGGAGUAUGAACUUUAUUAGUGAAGCACAUUAGCCAGGGUUAUUAUUGUUGUGCAUUGCUACUUUAGCAGUACUGACAGGACUUCUGAAGUUAGUUUUGUUGUUGAGUCGCUUUACAUAACUUUUUUUGUUUUCCGAUUUCAAUUUUUGCUUAUAUCAUGAAACUGGUGUUUAGGUUACUCCAUUUAGUCCCCAAUAAUUCUAUGAAAAUAGUGUGGUUUUAGUUC